CGCAUUCCCUCCAAAAUUUUCUCACACUAACUUCAAGUCCGAAUCGCUCUCUCCUCUCCUCUCCUCUCCCUCCACCACUACCCCCAAAUUCCAAAACCCUAAUUGAUCAAUCCAAAUCAACCAAAUUCAAUUCUACAGUAAUGGCUGGCCCCGUCGUAGAGCUUACUCCUUCCGGCAAUGCCGGCACACCGGCGCGCCGCAGUGUCCGCCGGCGGUUGGUCCAAACCACGCUCUUCCCUCUCAACCCACCACCAGAACCCCGUGACAAACCCAUCGAAGAUGAAGACAGAGAGGAUGAACAAGACGAUGAGUACUGCGGCGACGCCGAGAAUCAUCGCAAGAAGAGGAAGCCCAAGGGAAAAUCCACUCCUCGUAAAAAAGGUUCCAAGAAUUCCACGCCGAAGAAAAAUGCAUCUGCUAACGAGAACAAGGUUUCAGCUUCACAGAAUGUGUUUGCUGAUCCAGUGCCUGAUUUACGGUUAGAGGCAAAAUUGUCAGCUGAGGAAAAUUCAAGGAUGUUUGCAGGACGGCAAGUGCAUCCAUUUUUUUCGUCGUGUAAAGCGGGGAAGAAAAUCCAGGAGAUACCUGAACCAGGAAGUAACCUGUGCAAAGCUAAGAGUGAGGAUGAAAGGAUUACCUGUGGUCCUAUUCACGUAUUUGAAAAUAUUAAGGAUGAUACUUCAUCCCUUGAUUGGAGAAACUGGACAUUUUUGGGAAAUACCACCUCCGAGAAUUGUGGUCCAGAAAGUUCAAAUUCAUCUGUUUUGGAGGGUUCUGCUGAAUCCUUAAAUUUUAAAAUGCUUCUUAGUACUUUGGAUCCAUCAGGCGCUUCAGUUUUUCAGAAUGCUUUAUCUUCCACAGAUUUACUUUCUGUGCAUCAAGAAAAUCUGCAAGAAACAUCACCGUCAAACGCAUCUCCAUUAGCAGAGAAAACAAAAUGUCCUCAGAUGCCAAAAGAUGACAAAGUGGACUUGGAGGUGGACGAAUGUGUGAAUUUUGUGCAAGCUGGCAUUUUUAGAAAGUCAGAUUCUGAGCCACUGAGUAGAUUUCUUCAAGAAAGUAUGAGGUCGUACUACCGUACUUAUGAAAACAAGGCUGAAGGCAGCUUGUGGACAUACAAAUACAGGCCAACGAAGGCUGUUGAGGUGUGUGGUAAUGAUGAAUCUGUGAAUUUCUUGCGUGAUUGGCUACAUCUUUGGCGUGAAAGACGUUAUGCAGGCAGAAAGGCUACAUCUAGUAAGGAUAAAAAUGACAUGCAAGAUGAUGAUGAUGGUGAUUAUGACUGUUCUCAUAGUGACUACGAUUCAGAAGAUAUGAAUGAGGAGGAUUCCCUGCAAAAUGUUCUUCUAAUUACAGGACCUGUCGGGAGUGGCAAGUCUGCAGCAGUCUAUGCUUGUGCCCAAGAGCAAGGUUUUGACAUAUUAGAGCUCAAUGCAUCAGAUUGUAGAAAUGGGGCUGUUGUCAAGCAGUAUUUUGGAGACACUCUUAGUUCACAUGGGUUUAAAAGAUUAUCAGAACACACUGCAAGUUCACAGAAGAAAGCUAUGAAAUUGCCCCCAGCUGCGCCAUUGCUUAAUGUUCAAGCUACUGAUGAGGUGAAUGAAGGAGUGGUUGAACUGAUAGCUAUAUCUGAUGAUGAAGCUCAAAGCUCUGGUGGAACAUCACGAAAGUUACUUGACAAAAAUAAUGUUGUUGCAUCUGAUAAAUUUCAAACUUUAAUUCUAGUUGAGGAUGUGGACAUACUUUUUCCUGAAGAUCGUGGAUGCAUUGCUGCCAUACAACAGAUUGCUGAGUCGGCAAGGGGGCCAAUUAUAUUGACCAGCAAUAGUGAUAAUCAUGGCCUGCCAGAUAAUUUUGAUAGGCACCAUGUUUCGUUCUCAUUGCCAUCGCCAAAGGAUUUGCUUUGCCAUUUGUACACUGUUUGUAUCACAGAAGGAGUCAACAUCCAUCCUCUUUUACUGCAGAAGUUUAUACAGUCUUGUGAUGGAGAUAUCCGAAAAACCAUCAUGCACAUUCAGUUCUGGCUGCAGAGUAAAAAGAAAGAUGGAAAAGUACAACCGGAUUAUGGCUCACUUCCAUUCGAUCUUGAGGUUGGCCAUCAGUUAUUACCAAAGAUAAUGCCCUGGGAUUUCCCCUCAGAGAUAUCUGAACUAAUAGAGAAUGAAUUUGCCAAAUCGGUAAACUUAAUGGAAGAAAGCUCUAGUUUGCAAGAGUUAGAUGAGCAGUAUAUGGAGACUGAUUAUAUAAAGGCCAAGAAGGUGCAGAUGAUUGAGAGAAAUGGAUCUAUAUCAGACUACAGCGAGCUUGAAAUUAAAUAUAAUGCUAUUUCUGAGUUUUCCAAUUGCUCUGGAUCCCCACUAGCAUCCCCUCGGCAAAAUGGUCGGAGGAAACUUGUAGUAAUGUCCUCUGAUUCUGAGGAUGAGGAUUCAAGUCAUCGAUGUUCGCUAGACACUUGUGAUGAUGCUAAUAAGAGACAAUCCAUCAAAGAAAAUAAUGAACCCCCCUCUGAGUUUCAAUUGAAUGAAAACUAUCCCAGCACAUCAGUGCGCAAAUUGGUUUGUUCUGAAUUGGAGGAUCCAGAGGAAGAACAUAUUAAAGAUUCAGAAGCAGCUGAUGACACAUGCUUAAAUGAAACUUGUAAAUCAUUUGAUGUGUCCUGUGUGCCAGAAUCAACGUUUGUUCCUGAGACUGCCAUUGAAAAUGGAACAGGGACAGUGUCCGGAGAAGUGUCUUCUGGUUGCCCUGCUGGUCCUCUGGAAGUAUCGGUGAAUAAUGAGUUAAAACCAUUCACUUUCAGUGUUCGCAGACGCUUAACAAAAUUGUCACAAAAUUCAGGUCUCUUGGUGGAUGCUGAAGUUCCAGAUUCUUCGCCAAAUGAGGGUUUGCAAGAUUUUCUACAUGAAAAUAUGGAAACUACAACUGUGAAGGUGAUGGAUGAGUGUAGUCGUGUGGAUUUCAAACUAAAGUCAACAUUUGUUGAGUCAAGUCCUUUGACGGAGACAGAUAUGGUUCAAGAAAUGUGGAGAAAACUCCGUGAGCGUGGAGUGGAAUUAAAACAGCAUGUUACCUCAGAUAAGCCAGGUGCUUUUCAAGUUGUUAACCUUGCUUGUGGACUGAGCAAUCUAAUUUCCGAAGCUGACUUGUUUCACACUCACCAGCGAAAAUUGGAUAUUGUGGAAUCUCCAAUAUUCCUUUCUGAUGAAGCUGCAUCUAGUUGUUAUCAUGAACAAACAAUGACGUCCACUGUUGCUGUACAUGGGUUUUGUUCUUAUGCUAAACGAAUAGCAGAUGCAGGAUCAAAGUUAAAUUGUGCAAAUUGGACUGAUUUAGCUAAUGAGAUGUUGGCCUCCACAACUAAUAUUAUGACUCUGGGGAAAUUAUCCAGACAGGAUCUUACCAAAAGCAUAGUUAUUUAUGCUGGAAAGGAACUUGAGUUGAAUAAUCCAGUAUAUAAUAUGCAGAAAAGCAAAAACAAUGCAUCUCUGCUUGAUGCCAUUCAAUCCAUUGUUCCUGCAAGAAUAUCCCUGGCACUGAAAGGUGAAGCAUUCAGUGAAUAUCUAUCUUCAGUGCGCCAAAUUUCUAGGUCAGAGGCCUUCCGGAUUUCACAAGGUGUUGAAAAGAGAAGAGGAAGGGUGCGGGGUGCUCAACAUUACUUGAACAGGUGUGCAAUGUUGUCUCCUGAAGAUAUAUCUUUGGUGAACGAGGGUGAUUUGUACAGAAAGUUUUCACAGGAUACAACAAACACAGAAAGCUAAUGUGUUUUGGAUUUUCGUUUUAGUCAAUGUAGAUCCACGAUUAGCGUGGCAAAAUUAAUACCUUGAGAUAUGUAAAAUUACGUUUGUCUUUAAACCAACCUCAAACCAAACAUACCUAGGGAUACAAGCAGCUACAGGAACGGGUUUAUGAUUCACAUAGGAUUAAGUCCUAGUUUGUUUUUGCCUAGGAUGAUUAGGGUCAUUGGGCUGAGAUUGUAAAUUAAUCUAGAGCAGAGAAUGAGUGGAGUCGCAGAAGAGGUCACCUUUGUGUCGUCUUUUUGUAAGCUCAUCAUACUUGAUUUCAUUUUUUUUUUCUUUUAAUUGAUGGAUGUUGAAGGAUGACAUGAAUAAAACAUAAGCAUAGCACACUUGAUGGAUGCCAAAGACUAAAUCAUGUUAUCCAUUGAUGGAUACUUAAGUACGGAAUGUAUAGUGCAAAAAUUAGUGUAAUAUUCCAUCCGUUCCUAAUUAUAAGACCUAGU